AUGGAACUACCAAAGUGACAGAAUGCAAAUUGACUUUCACAAGCCCAUUCCUACUUGCCCACAUCCAAACUUUACCUCUGUUCUACUCACAAAGCGACUACAGUCUCUGACCAAGAAAUUAUCGUCCUAGUAAACCCUACUUCGGUAAUACAGCUAGUAAGAUCUGUUGAGCUGUAUGUUGGUGGAUUAGCAUGAUCUGUAGGGAAGGGAGGGGAUUUAAGUGUGGAGGAGGAUGAAGAAUGGGUAGAGAUAGGAGAGAAGAUGAAGGAAGUGAGAUGAAGAGUUGAGGAUUUCUUGAAGAGGAAAGAGUAUUUUAGGGUUGGUGAGCUUUUGAAAGAAGGCUUUGAGGUUAAAGAGAUGGCAGAGAGUAAGUGGAAAAUUAUGAUUGAGAGUGGGAGUCAAGAUAGAUGUAAGGAAGUGAAGGCUGGAAUGGGGCAAAAUUGUGUUAGUUGUGAUAUGGAUGUAAAGUAUCUUGGAGAAGAUACGAAAAUGAUCGAAGAAAACUCAGGCCAGAAUGCUCCUCUCCUUCAAGAAAAUAAAAAGAAAUUUUCAAAUUGUAAAAAGAAGCAUGAAGAAUCAAAAAGAGAUAUACAAAGCACAAAGUCUUUGAAAAAAUCAACUGAUCUUAUAGAACAAAAUGAGAACUUUAAAUAUUUUAGAAAAGUUCAAGACUUUAUGAUGAUUGUGAUGAUCAUACUUCUAUGAUGUUCUGCAUUCAAAAUCCAUGAUAUUUCCACCUCCUCCUUUACCCAAGAAACCCACCUCCAACUUAACUCAAUCAUCAAAGACAUCCAAAUAAUCAGCCUUAAAGCAGACCUCAUCGACCUAAAACUACACUAUCUUAAAGAAACUGGCGAAUCUAAUACUAAUCUUCUAAAACAGAAAGAAGCACUGGCUGCUGAAAUAGAGAUAGUUGAUGGCAGCAUCAGAGAGUUAGAAGAAGAGAGCUAUAGAGAUGGAAGAGAUUUUAGGAAGGUGAAAGAAGAACUGAAGAGGGUGAAGGAGCAGAUGGUUAUGGAAGUGGAGGUUUAUACGAAAGAAGAGUUUAAUAAGCUAUCGAAGGAGGUUAUAGGAGAGGCUGUGUGGAGUGAGGGUGAGGUUGUUUUGGAGCUAAGGGAUUCUAAGCAUUUGGAGUUUUUGAGGAGUAUAAAUAAGAGAAUACCUAAUCUUAAUGAACUGCAUAUUGAUUACAUUCCUUCUAACAAUGAAGACAUAAAGAUAUUUCUAAAAUAUUAUUUUCCAGAAGAGGUGAAAGAGUUUUACCUGAAUUCUGGAUCUGAAUUGAGCUCAAGACUUGAUUAUUACAUUAGUGAGAUUUUACUUAUUUGUCCUAAAGUAAAGACAUAUAUGCUUCUUUAUCAUUUUGAAGUGAGUCAGCAAAACUUACUAACUCUUCUUCCUCAUAGCAAACAUAUGAACAGAUUUGGGUUUGCUUAUUGAAAUUUAGAGAUAUCUUCAGUACCUGACUUUGGAUCUACACUUGAUGGGAACAAAAUAAAAACGUUAUAUUUAUAUUACUCACGCCAGGAUUUCUUCAUUGCUAAUAAUAACAAACCUUCUGGAUUUGAGAAUUUGAUGGAAGGUUUAUCCAACUCAGAAGACUUCAAGAAGAACCUUGGACGAAUUUGGGUGACUGACUCUGGAGUCUCUGAAAACCUACUUAAAGAUUUAGUCCACAAACAUGGAUUCAAAACAACAGAAAUAUGGGUUUAGAUCAGGA